AUGUCUGUAGUAGAAAUUAUAGAUCACGAUGAAGUUAUUUAUAGAAUAUUAGAUAAACCUCCACCAGAACCGCCAAAAACUCCUAGAUAUGAAUCCGAAUUGGAAAAGCAACUGAAAGAGUUAAAAAUACCAAAGCUUCAGAAAACAUUUGGUUACGCUGAAACACCAUUAAAUCCCCCUGACCAAUUCUUAAAAAAGGGAGAAGGUAUUGGUCAACCAAUUAAGAAAUCUGAUCACAAAUGUUACGUGUCUGGAAAACUUCCACCUGUUCCGAGGCGCACUGUUUCGGGUAAAAAGGCCGAAAAACCUAAAACUAAUUUCAAAGUGUUAAAUAUUAAAAAAGCUAUAAAAACCAAGCCCAAGCCUGUGGAACCAAGACUAGUAGACACUAGAGAUGGGCAUAUAAAAAAGAUAAAAGGAUCUGGAGAAAUUCCUGAAUACUGCUUAAGAAAAGAUUUUGGACAAAUGCCAGCAUAUUUAGUAAACCGGAAUAGACGAAUUCAAAAGAAAAUUGACAAAAUUAAGUACGCCGAAGAACACAAAGAAAGCUUGUGCAAACUGAUUAGUGAACAGGAGAGACAAGCUUUACUUAAAGACUUGAAAUAUAACUGGCAGCUUUUGCAAAAAGACUUUCUCCAGCUACCUAUGCUGACUGAUACCAUUCCGAAGAUUCUACGAAAAACAAAAAUGGAACAGGAAUUACGUCAGCUCGAAAAAGACAUAGCUUUAAUAGAAUCAAAUCCCUAUAUCUAUAUUUAUGAUUGAAAUACUUUGGCAAACUUUGAAUUAAAACACAUCCUCGAACAUUA